AUACCCGUUGGGCAACCAUACUAUUUUAAAUCGUGGUGUAUGUCUAUGGUAUUAACACAGAAUAUAUGAAAUUUCAUAUUAUAUUCUGUAAUCUGUGGUAUAAGUGUAUAACGCCUAUGCGUCUACUACGGAAAUCGUCAGAGCCCAGACUGUUUACUCGUAUUCGGUUGUAGUCCGUGCUCCUGGGGCUUAAGCGUUUAAGCUAAUAAGCCCUGCUGAAUGUUGCUGACCAAUUACGAAAUUUUACAUUCACUAUGCUUUAAUAGUCUCGUGCUUAUUAAUUCUUGCUCUUCUCGUUUGAAUGGGAUAAAUAUUAAAUAUGAAUUCUCUUAAUAAACCAAUCGCAAAUGAAAGUUCUAAAAAUGAAAAUAUUUCCAUUACCCGAGGCCGAGGACGAGGAUUUUUAUUAAAAAUGAUUGGAAAACACAGUUCUGAAAAAUCUGUGAAUUUAUCGUCAUCAUCAAUAUUGCCCACAGAAAAUAUGAAGAGCAAUGUCGUAGUACAUAACCAAGACCUUGUUAAAAAGUCUAGUUUUCAAGACUAUGAGUAUACUUAUGAAAUCCCUGCGAGAUCAACUUAUAUUCCACCUGAACCCAAUGAAAAUGACAAAUCUAUUUAUGAUGACGGAAUCAGUUCUGAAAAAUCUGGGAAUUUAUCAUCAUCAUCAUCAAUAUUGCCCACAGAAAAUAUGAAGAGCAAUGUUGUAGUACAUAACCAAGACCUUGUUAAGAAGUCUAGUUUUCCAGAAUGUGAAUAUAUUUAUGAAAUCCCCGCAAGAUCAACUUAUAUUCCACCUGAUAUCAAUGAAAAUGAUGAAUCUAUUUAUGAUGACGGAAUCAGUUCUGGUAUAAAUUUUGAAAAAUUCAAUGACAUUGAAGUGAAGGUGAACGGAAAAAAUAUACCCGAAGCUAUUGAAAGCUUUAAUACGUUGAACAAUAUACCAGAGCAGUUAAUGGAUAAUAUUAAAAUGUGUAAUUUUGUGAAACCAACUCCUAUACAAAAAUAUUCUAUUCCUAUUAUUUUAUCUGGUAAAGAUUUAAUGGCCACUGCACAAACAGGUUCAGGAAAAACGGUUGCUUAUGUUUUACCAAUCAUACAAAAAUUGCUCAUGGACCCACAGACAUUAGUAAAAGAUAGAAAUCAUAGUGAACCCCAAGUUGUUAUAAUGGCACCUACACGAGAAUUGGCUGUUCAAAUUAAAAUGGUUGUGCUAAAAUUGACAAGAGGUACGGGAAUUUCAUCGUUUGUGUGUUAUGGUGGAACUUUAGUCAGUCAUCAAAAAAAUCAAAUUCUUAAAGGUUGUCACAUACUUGUAGCAACUCCUGGUAGAUUAAAUGAAUUUGUUCAGCAUGGCUUCAUAACAUUUUCAUCUGUGAGAUUUUUUGUUUUGGAUGAAGUUGAUAAAAUGUUAGACAUUGAGUCAAAACCGGAUAUUGAUAAAAUUUUAGAUCACUUUUCAAUGCCGUCUAUUAUGAAUAGACAGACAAUUAUGUUGUCAGCAACUUUACCAGAUGCCACUCAGCAUUUAGCAAAAUUUUAUUUAAACAAAAAUUAUUUAUUUUUAGCAGUUGGUAUUAUUAGUAGUGCUUCAAAAGAUAUAAAACAAACCUUUUUCUUGGUUAAUAGAUUCAAUAAACGUGAAAUUUUAUCCAAUAUUUUAAAAAAAGAUUCAGUAGGAACUAUAGUAUUUGUAAAACAGAAAUGGACAGCAGAUUUCCUUGCUACAUAUCUAUGCGAAAAGAAUAUUCCAUCAACAAGUAUACAUGGUGAUCGUUUACAAGAUAUGAGAGAAAUUGCUUUAAAUGAUUUUCGUAACAGAAAGAUGAAUGUACUUGUAGCAACAACUGUAGCGGCAAGAGGAUUAGAUAUUAAAUGUGUGAACCAUGUACUUAAUUAUGACAUGCCUCUGGAAAUUGAAGAGUAUGUGCAAAGAAUUGGACGAACAGGUAGACUGGGAAACAAAGGAAUUGCUACGUCUUUAUUUGAUCCUGAAGAAGAUUAUCUUUUGGUGGAUCCAAUUAUAACAACUCUUGCAUCAGCAAAUCAAGAAAUACCUAAUUGGUUACUUAAACUUGGACGAGAAGCCAGAUAUAAUGAUGCUAAUGAUGAUAUAGAUAAAUUUGGAGGCUCAGAUAUAAGAAUUAUAUCAAACUCAGUCGACGAAUGCGAAGAAUGGUGAUUAAAUAUUCAGUAAUUAUUGUUUUGUUCCAUAUUUUUAAUAACGAUUCUAUACAAAUAAAAUGUCAUAUGAUAUUCUCAUCAAA